CUGCUUUUGUCUCCUGCCUCCCACAUUUCACCACCCCCUUUAGCCUUAUCUCCUCUUUUUCAUCGUUUUGCUCUUACUCUUACCAAGAAAAAUCUACUUAAGGCGCACAGAGGGAUCAUAUAGCUUUGUUGCACCUUGCUAAGGGAAGAUAAUUCGGAAAUAUGGCAUUUGCAGGAACAACUCAGAAGUGCAUGGCUUGUGACAAAACAGUUUAUCUGGUUGAUAAGUUAACUGCGGAUAAUCGAGUGUUCCACAAGGCUUGCUUCAGAUGCCACCACUGCAAAGGAACACUCAAGCUUAGCAACUAUAACUCUUUCGAGGGAGUUCUUUACUGCAAGCCACACUUCGAUCAACUGUUCAAAAGAACUGGUAGUCUUGACAAAAGCUUCGAAGGGACACCAAAAAUUGCUAAACCAGACAAAACUGGCGAAGAGAAACCUGCAGCAACCAAAGUCUUGAAUAUGUUUGGUGGAACCAGAGAUAAAUGUGCUGGUUGUCAGAAAACGGUGUAUCCCACUGAAAAGGUGACGGUGAAUGGAACUCCUUAUCACAAGAGUUGUUUCAAAUGCACUCAUGGAGGGUGUGUUAUUAGUCCCUCCAAUUACAUUGCACACGAUGGGAAACUCUACUGCAAGCACCACCACAUCCAACUGAUCAAGGAGAAGGGAAAUUUAAGCCAGCUUGAAGGUGACCAUGAGAAGAGUGCAAUUCAAGAGAAAACCAACGGUGAAGUAGUUGCAGCUGAGACAUGAAAUAAAAUGACAAAGUCUAAGAAUGAAUAUUCCCUUCUUCAAGUUCCAUAUUUAUGUAUAUCAUGUGUUUUCUGCUAUAUCUCUCUCAUGCUUUACCAUUAGUACCGAAUCCAGAAUACUCUUGAAAAAUAUGAUAUUCGCUUUAUUGUGGGUGGGGUGUGUGGAAAUCCAUCAUUUUGUUUCUGUUGUGAGUUGUGGAUACAAAAAUGAGACAUUAAUGGCAUUCGAUUCUGAAUCUUGUUCAGAAGCCAAUGCUACUGAAUUUCUUUAAACUUUCUCUAUGCAGAAGCCACUCCUACUCAUUUUUUCA